AUGAAUUCAUUCAAUAACCGACUCAGCGAAGCGCCAGCCUCUAGACCCGAGAUAGAUCGCCAAAGAUUGAGUACAAAGAAUAGAGCCGGUCGCACAGAAGGCGUUGGAGUUGUCAAUCACGGACUAACCGACCCGGAUGAUGAGUGUUGGGAGCCAAACUUCGUCGAGCAGGCGUGCCACAUGAACGGGAGGGACGGCAAGCGGGUGAAUUAUAAGGACACCGACAGUGAAGUUGGACCGAAGCUGCGAAGCGCGGAAGACGAGGAAGCAUGGAAAGAGGCCGUGAUGGAAGAGGAGCGGAGGGGGAUCCUGAGGCCAACAAGGCAUGCAGCGACAGCGAGAGCGGGGAAGCUCGGCCAAGUUCUGGGGGUCCAACCGGAUGAUGAGAAGUGCGAAAGGGAGAAGACCCUCGUUGAUGAUAGUUGGUUGGUCGACGAAGAAGAGACCAAGGGCCACGAGGAAGGGAGACUGGGUGAACUGGGGUGUUCGAGCAAGCAGAUGAGAGGCAGCGAUGGACGGGGAAAGAAGAAGCAACAGCAGCAGCAGCAGCAACAGAACAAGAAGCUGGUUGGGCGCGGAGUCCAACGAACCGCCGAACGGGAAAACCAAGAGGCGCUUCUAAAGUUGGAUCGCCACACUCAAUAUCCCCCGUCUGCCUAUAUGAUGGGGAUCUAUGGGAUCUACGGUAUCUACUGUCGGCCGUUUUUCGGCUCAGUCCGACCCCCUCUCAAGUACUUGCUCCGUUAA